AUGGGUAUCAUCGAGAAGUUGCAAGCCAAAAUCGAACUCUACCGCCUGGAGCAGCGCUACGCUCGCCGCAAGCACCGCACCUCGUUCCACGAUGUCCAGUAUGUCGACGGAGAGUACGUCUUCAACAGUUCCUUGAACUCGCCCACAUCGAGCGUCUCCAAGCACUCCACAGGAGGUCACGGGAAAUCGUCAACCUGGAACACAUCCAAUGAGUCGCGAUGGCGGUGA